AUGGUGCCCGCACGACAUAGCGCACAUGAUGCCAAAGCGGUUUUUAACUCAAAGGAAGAAGACCUGUUUUAUUUAUUAAAAAAUCGCAGUACGACAGAGGAUCAUAGGAAAAGGGUGAAGAUUAAAUCCUUGGAUGUGCUGAUCCAAGGGUUCCUGCGCGACGAAAGGGGCAUUUUCGAGAAAUACAGGUCAUGCGAAUUGGAUAGCCAAAAUGGAGAGGAUUACACAGAGGAUUGCCCAACGGGUGAACCUAGCAAGGACAACCCAGAGGACGAACGGAACAAAAAAGUGGGCACCCAAAAGGAGAGGAAACCGCCUCCCAUCCACUACAACGAUGAAUACAACGACCUCCUAUUCUUGUCCAGGAAAGACAUGGACAGCGAGCGCGUCCACUUGAAAAAAAUCCAAAAUGCAACCACCGAAGUGUGCAACAGCUUAAAAUUUUACAAGGCAGAAAAUCAUGACACGUAUAAAUUUAGGCCAACAAAUAUAGACACAGACAUUAUAAAAAUAAAACACGAUUUAGAAAUACUCCAAUAUAGCGACUACACAAAUUGCCCCGGUAAUGAUAUCGAAAAGAAGGCCUUACGAAUGGUACAAGAAAAAUGUAAAAAAAUUGUCCAAGGACUAAAUUUUAACUACGAUUCGGUGGAUGUAAGUGAAGUUAUCGAUAUUUUAAAUGUCAUCACCACUCCAGAUUUUGAUGAAAGGAUAGACAAAUGCAAGUACUUGAAAUUAUUCUUAAAUAAAUAUCAUUAUGUGUAUCCGUAUGAGGAUAUUCCUCGCUUGAGAAAAAUUAGAAAAUACAUGAGAAGGAAGCAUUUGACACGAGGAGAUUUCUACAUCGACCAUAAUGACAUUUCGAAAUUUUACUUAAAAACUAAUUUGGAGAAAAUUAUCAAAAAUGAAGAAUUCAUAAAUAAUAUGCUAAAUUUGCAUAUAGACAAUGGGAAGUUUUGGGUUCAGAUUGUGCACAACAUAUGGAUUCCUCUGGCCAUGGAAAUUUUCAACACCACGCGUAAUUCGUUUUAUUCCUACCUAAUGAAUUAUGAGAGUGAUGCGUCUGUGUUGGAUCAGUAUGUCUAUUCCCGUGAAAACGGGAAGUUUUACAAGUUCAGCCACUACAUUUUUACGGGCGCCCUGUUCAGCGGAGUGCCCAGCAUCUACCGACUGCUCAUGCGCCUCCACGCGUAUAAGUACAGCGAACUUCGAAUUAACAUGAUGCUGGAAAAAAAUAGCCACAACAUUUACGACGACAUGGUCAUAUCGAGCCUCAACUACCACAUUGACGUCAUAAGGAACUUGUUCCCCUUCUUUAAGGAGUACAUAAAUAUCGACAUGGAAAAAAUCGUCGAGAGCUUUUUCGAUUCGGCUUUUUUCGACCUAAUUAUGAAUUCGCUAAGAAAAGAAAAUAUCGAAAAGGUAACGGUCAGCCAAAAGUACUUAACAUUUAUCAACUCAUUUUUCUUAAUGAUAACAGAAUUCCUAUACGGAGUAUCCAAUAAAAAUUGCCUGGAGAGAAUAAACGAAAAUCAGAUAAAACUGCUAGACAUAUUGAAGGAAAUUUUCUAUGAUGACAUGAACAUACUCAUAGGGAGAGACGUUCUUCUUUUCGUCGCAGAUUUAUUGUGUCUAUACAAACUAAGAUCAAUUUAUAUAAAAAAAAAAUAUUGCGAUCAUAUACUACAAAUGACCGAAAUUAUUAAAAAUGCGUAUUACCAUAAAAGCUCUCUAACAAAUGAAAAUACAUGGAAACAGGUGUACGUAAUAGCUGUUAAAAUUCAUCAUUUUGUUUCUUGUGCACUCCAAAGACAGCAAACAGUAAAGGAUAACAUUAUGUUGCAAGAAUUGACAAUAGUGAACAGAUACUACUUGAAUAAUUUAAAACAGGAAAACUCCAUAGGAGAAUUUUAUUUUUUAAAAAAUAUAAAUUAUGGUAUUUACUGCUGGAAUUCUGUAUGCAAUAAAUAUCUCAAUGUUCACCAUUUUGAACAUAACAAAAAUAAUUUUGAUUAUUGCCCUGGUUGUUACAUUGCUACUUACUGCUCAGAAAAAUGUAGAUUAACUCACUUAUUAUCGUCGCACCAUAAUGUCUGCGUUUAUUUUAAAACUGUUCCUUCGUUCCUCAAGUAUAAUGACCUUGAAGAUGACCCUUCCUUCCAGCAAAUGAAGUACUUAAACAUAUUUCAGCACAUUGCCACUUUCGACCGGGGCAAUGACACGUACCAGAUUAUCUACUGA